CGUGACUUACACAAACGGGAAGUUGGAGUCAGGAGGAGAGCUUCUGUCGUACACGGCUCCUUCGUGCCGGUCCACAGUCACCGGUGUGCGCGUCGGUACGAGGCUGGACCGCCUCGAAGUCAGCAGGUUAGAGUCGAGCGGAACGUCGGAGGCAGACGGGCAACUAUGGGCUCCAUGUUUCGCAGCGAGGAGGUGUGCCUGGUGCAGCUCUUCCUUCAGUCCGGCUCAGCCUACAAUUGUGUCAGUGAGCUGGGAGAGCUGGGUCUGGUUGAGUUCAGAGACUUGAAUCCCAAUGUGAACGCCUUUCAGAGGAAGUUUGUUGGUGAAGUCAGACGAUGUGAAGACCUUGAGAAAACAUUUACCUUCCUGGAGCAGGAGAUCAAUCGCUCCAUGUCCCCGUCCUUGCACGGUCCCCUCCCUCCUCCGUGCCCGACACCUUUGGCCCCUCAGCCCCGCGAACUCAUCACCAUUGAGGAGGAGUGCGAGAGGCUCGCCAGAGAGCUCAAAGAGGUGUCCAGGAAUCGAGACAGCCUCCGGGCUCAGCUGACCCAGCUCUGUCAGUACCGAGGUGUCCUGACAAGAACACACUCUCUGACAGCCUCACAGGCACCACCACCACCUGCACUGGAAAGCCAAGGCCUGUUUGAUAACCGCCAAGAUGUCCACCUCAGUUUUGUGGCAGGAGUCGUCCAUCCUUGGAAGGUCCCCUCAUUUGAACGGUUGCUAUGGCGGGCCUGUCGAGGUUAUAUUAUCGUGGAUUUCAGAGAAAUGGAGGAUCGGCUCGAGCACCCGGACACGGGGGAAAUGGUGCAAUGGACUGUGUUCCUCAUUUCUUUUUGGGGAGAUCAGAUUGGACAGAAAGUCAAGAAGAUAUGUGAUUGUUUCCGCACGCAGACAUUUGCAUACCCUGAUAACACUACAGAGCGGGAGGAGAUUCUUCAGGGACUUGAAGGCAGAAUUGAAGAUAUUAAGUCAGUGCUGUCACAGACUGAGGCCUUCCUGCAGCAGCUCCUGAUGCAGGCGGUGGCUGUGCUGCCUCAGUGGAAGGUGCGUGUUCAGAAGUGCAAGGCCAUCCAGAUGGUGCUGAAUCUCUGCAGCCCCUCCGUCACUGACAAGUGCCUGAUCGCCGAGGCCUGGUGUCCCGUCACCAAGCUGCCUGAACUGCAGAGUGCUCUCAGAGAGGGAGGGAGAAAGAGCGGGAGUGGGGUCGACUCUUUUUACAACCGGCUGCCGUCCUCCGCUCCUCCACCGACCUUGUUUCCCCUCAACUCUUUCACAUCUGGUUUCCAGAACAUAGUUGAUGCGUAUGGCGUGGCCAGCUACCGUGAAGUCAAUCCAGCGGUGUACACAAUAAUUACAUUCCCCUUCCUGUUUGCCGUGAUGUUUGGGGACGUGGGUCAUGGCUUACUGAUGACUCUGGCUGCCCUCUGGAUGGUUCUGGAGGAAAAGGACCCCAAACUUAGGAAUAACAACAAUGAGAUAUGGAGGAUGAUGUUUGGAGGGAGGUAUCUGAUUCUGCUAAUGGGACUGUUCUCUGUCUACACGGGGGCCAUUUACAACGAGUGCUUCAGCAGAGGCCUCAGCACCUUCAGCUCAGCGUGGCACGUUGGCCCCAUGUUUGAGAACAACAUAUGGAAUUCGUCAGUCCUGGCAGGGAGUGAGUACUUGUCCAUGGAUCCGGUUGUGUCCGGUGUUUUCACCAGCCCUUAUCCAUUUGGCAUUGACCCGAUUUGGGGCAUGUCUAACAACAAACUGAGUUUCCUUAACUCAUACAAGAUGAAGAUGUCAGUCAUCAUCGGAAUCAUUCACAUGACGUUUGGAGUCUGCUUGUCCUUCUUCAAUUACCUGCACUUUGGCAAAAUUAGCAGUGUGUUCUUUGUGCUGAUCCCAGAGCUGUUCUUCAUCGUCAGUCUGUUUGGAUACCUUGUGUUCAUGGUGGUCUUCAAGUGGAUUGCCUACACUCCUGCCCAGUCCAAAAUUGCUCCCAGUAUACUUAUCCACUUCAUAGACAUGUUCCUCUUCUCAGACAACCCUGACAACCCGCCACUCUAUGGCGGACAGUCUGUGGUGCAGAAGGUCCUGGUGGUCUUGGCUCUGUGCUCCGUCCCCGUCCUUCUGGUCGGAAAGCCAACGUAUGAAUACAUCACAUUCAAGAGAAGACGACGCCAAGUGGAGGAAGACAGACGUCCCCUGGUGGCUGAUUCAGGCUCCAUCAACACUCAACAAGGGGUGGUGGAAGGAGGAGCUGAUGAAGAGGAGUUUGACGCUGCAGACGUGUUCAUCCAUCAAGCCAUCCACACCAUAGAGUACUGCUUGGGCUGCAUCUCCAACACUGCCUCUUACCUCCGACUCUGGGCUCUCAGUUUGGCACAUGCACAGCUGUCAGAGGUGUUGUGGGUGAUGGUGAUGCGUAUUGCCCUGAAGUGGCAGGGCUACGUGGGAUCAGUGGUCCUUUUUGUGAUCUUCGCCUUCUUCGCCAUUUUGACUGUCUCCAUUCUGCUGGUUAUGGAGGGCCUGUCAGCUUUCCUCCACGCGCUGCGUCUGCACUGGGUGGAGUUUCAGAACAAGUUCUACAGUGGAACAGGAUACAAGCUGAGCCCUUUCUCUUUCUCUUCUCUGAUCAAUGAAUCGGCUGCUUUAUGAUUGGCCAAAUAAUUACUCAGUAUUGCUAAGUGAUCACAUUAACUCAUGUACCGAGCACUUGGACUGCAACACUUCAGAGUGUCCCUGUCUUAACAGUGAUGUUCUACCGCAAUGAAAUGGUUUAAUUGACUUGCACAGUAAUCAUGAUUGUAUAGACUGUUAUUGUUACAUCAGCAGAAUGAGAAUGAGCCCCUAUAUAAUGAAUUAUGAUUACAUUAUAUGAAAAGAAAAACAUGCAUUUUUUGUAUCCCCUUGCUAUUUUCUUCACUCAAUGUAAUGUAAUGCUUUCUCAUUACUCUUUCUGUAGCUCAAUGAAUAGUAAUCAUUUACUUCUCACUGUACAAACAUACUUUAUUCAUCAAUUAUGAAAAAGGAAAGCACGUGAAUGAAAUGAAUCUGUUCUGCAGUGUAAGGGAACGUGAUCGUUGGAUUGGUGUAUUGUGCUUUAAUUAAACAUUCCUGUAGGAUUCGUCAGAUGACAGCAGAGAAUUAUAUCUCAAUAGAGUUCAUGAGCCAAAGGUACUUUACACUCAUUGUCAGUCUUCCAAGCACAAUACACAAGUGGUAUUUAUUGGUGGUAAACGUUUUUUCAAGUGCCUUACUAGUGUUUUGGAUGAAUAAUACCAACCAUUUAUCAUAUCACUGCUUAAAACACCACUGCCCUGGACAUGUCUCCUUUUUCUGCAGGUUUGCACUGUAAAAAUCUGAACUGGAAUUAAAAAAAAUUUUCAUGCUUAA